AUCAGACCUUCCUCUAAUUAACUGCAGUCGACUGUGGUUCAUAUCUUGAAACCACUUAGACAACUCCUUAAUCAUGGUUAAAUUUUUAUCUCAUAACAAAACCUAGGAGAAUAAUAAAGAAGAUAAGAAUAUUAUUUAAUUCUUACUUUUUUGACGUGUGGCAGAUCCAUUUUACAAUUUCCUCAGUUUUAUGUAUUGUAUUCUUAUAGAAGUUAUUCAUUCUAUUGAAAGCAUAUUCUAAAAAUAGACACUAGUGAAGGGAAUUUUACCAAACUGUCAAAAUAUACAUGAACUAGAAACCAAGGGUCAGUUUCAGUAGGUAUGUUGAAGAGAUUCUACUAAGAUGGCCUUGCUGAAAGUCUUUGACCCUUGUGCUAUUUGUCUCCUCUGUUUGGUAUUGAGUGCAUCUGAGUUGUGCAAUGGAGGAAUAACUGGUAACUUUCUAAGGAAAGAGUAUUCUCCAGAUAUGCCCCUUGACAGUGAUGUUUUCCAAGUUCCUCCUGGUUAUAACGCACCUCAACAGGUCCAUAUAACACAAGGGGAUACUGAUGGGAGGGGAGUGAUCAUCUCUUGGAUAACUCCUGAUGAACCUGGCUCUGACACAGUUCUCUACUGGUCUGAAAAUAGUAAGAAUAAGAAUCGUGCCGAGGGGAUUUUUGUCAGAUAUAAGUUCUUCAAUUACACUUCAGGGUACAUCCAUCACUGCACCAUCAAGAACCUGGAGUAUAACACCAAAUACAUGUAUGAGAUUGGAAUAGGAUAUACUAUCAGACGAUUCUGGUUUAAGACUCCUCCAAGAACUGGCCCUGAUGUUCCUUACACUUUUGGUCUGAUAGGGGAUCUUGGUCAAACACAUGAUUCAAAUGUUACACUCACACAUUAUGAAUCAAAUCCAAAAAAAGGGAAAACAGUCUUGUUUUUAGGGGACCUCUCAUACUCAAAUGACUAUCCGUUCCAUGAUAAUACUCGGUGGGAUACAUGGGGAAGAUUCAUAGAGAGGAAUGCUGCUUAUCAGCCUUGGAUUUGGACUGCAGGGAAUCAUGAACUUGAUUUUGCUCCUCAGCUUGAAGAAACUACACCCUUUAAGCCAUAUAUGCACCGUUAUUAUGUCCCUUUUGCAUCAUCGCAUAGUACAUCUCCAUUAUGGUAUUCGAUCAAGAGAGGCUCAGCUUACCUAAUUGUUUUAUCGUCUUAUUCAGCAUACGGAAAAUCCACUCCUCAAUACAAAUGGCUAAGAGAUGAGCUACCUAAAGUGGAUAGAAGCAAGACCCCAUGGUUGAUUGCUCUUAUGCACUGCCCAAUUUAUACUAGUAACUCGCAUCAUUUCAUGGAAGGAGAAACCAUGAGAGUGGUGUUUGAGUCAUGGUUUGUCAAGUACAAAGUGGAUGUUGUAUUUUCAGGCCAUGUUCAUGCCUAUGAGCGAUCCAAGCGUAUAUCAAAUAUUGCAUAUAAUAUUGUGAAUGGAAUGUGUACUCCUGUUGAUGACCAGUCUGCACCAGUCUACAUUACCAUUGGAGAUGGAGGAAAUCAUGAUGGACCAGCUAUAGGCAUGAUGGAACCACAGCCCAACUUCUCAGCCUAUAGGGAGGCUAGUUUUGGUCAUGGUAUAUUCGAUAUCAAGAACAGGACACAUGCCUAUUUCAGUUGGCACCGAAAUCAAGAUGGAUAUGCUGUCGAAGCUGAUUCUUUCUGGUUUCACAACAGUUACUGGAAUCCCUUAGGGAAAUCCUUCGUAGCUCAACACUAAUCAAUCAUUCAUCCAAACUAGUUCUUACAAUAUAGUAGUGGUUAAACUGUAACGUGCCUCUGUCUGUCAUGAAAGAAAAAUAUAUUUUGGAUUUUAAGAUCAGUGUGAACAUAAAUUGUCAGCAGAAAACAAGUGUGUGAACACAAUUUAAAUUUGUCAUUUUGUUGGAAAAACAUAAAAAACCAAAUUAAGAAA